AUGAGGCGCAUUCUGCAGCCUGAUGGGAUUGUGAUUUCUUGGGAGUUAUUCCAAGAUGAAUUUUAUAAGAAAUAUUUUCCCACCUCAGUCAUAAAUGCCAAAGAGUUUGAAUUGCUUCAACUUAAAGAGGUCCAAAUGACUAUUACUGAGUACACCAAUACGUUUGAGGAAUUGUGCCGCUUUUCCCGCGUCUAUCAGGGAGCUCCUGAGGACUUUGCUGAGUGGAAAUGCAUAAAGUAUGAAGGAGGCCUUAGGAGUAACAUUCAGAGCUUUGUGGUGCCUAUGCAGAUUCGGGUGUUUUCUGAGCUGGUGAAUAGGAGCAGGGUGGCGGAGGAUUGUGUCAGAAGGGCCACAGCAGAAAAAGGGAGUCUGAGGAUGCCACCCAAAGGCAGACAGUUCAAGCGUGGUGGCUUUGUCCCUCAGAACAAUCAGAGGCAAGGCAGCUCCAGGAGGCCUAAUAUCAGUGCUAAUCAGGGAAGGAGACAGGGAAAGCAGCCACAGCAGGAUAUGAGUUACCACAGAUGUGGGAAGUAUCACUCAGAACCAUGCUGGUUUGGGACUGGAGUCUGUUACUCCUGUGGGCAGCCGGGACACUUGGCUAGUAGUUGCCCAGAGAAGAAGGGGUAUGAGACAGGCAGGGUGCAGCAACCAGGAAGGGUAUACACUACUUCUUCAAUAGGCGCUGAGGGGUCAGAGACAUUGAUCAGAGGUAAAUAUGAGAUGGCGGGUAAAACUUUGAAUGCUUUGUUUGAUUCUGGAGCUUCACAUACUUUUAUUGCUUUUGAGAAGGCUGAUGAGCUAGGAUUGAAAAUAGUAGUACUGGGUAUGAUUUAA